CUGUUAACACUCGACGUGGCAAUGCCUCAGCAGUUUAUGUACGUGGACAAAGCCAUAAUGAGGAUUGUACUUUCCAUAACAAAAGAAAUGUAACUAUUGAACUGGCAAAGUGUAAUGUUAGAAGGAAAAGAGAAAUUAAUCCAAAUCCUGGAAUUGCUUAUCAAAUGACUAUUGUGGUUCAAUUACAUCCGUUGUUUGUCACAAAAGUUGAUCGCGCAUACAAUGUCAAUUGUUUUUACAAAGAAAAACCUCAGGAUGUUAGUGUUGAUUUUGGAGUGAGAGAUAGUCCAAACGGUCCUCGUGUUAAAUACACACAUGUUGGUGAACAACUCUAUCAUGUGUGGGAAUGCCCCUCACGUAUGUAUUCAAUGCUUCUAUAUAAUUGUCAAGCUGUUGAUGGAAAGGGAGCUGAAUUUGCUAUUAUUGAUGCUAAUGGAUGCAGUAAAGAUGGUAAUAUUUAA